AUGGACCUUCUCAGAGGGCUCCAAAACUUGACGUCGGUGAACAUGUAUCGGCGGGACUCCCAAGUGCACAAGUUGCCCCGGAGUGAAGCCGAGGCAACGAAUGCGAUACAUGUCACGGUAACUCCAGCUUUGUCCGCGGACGACCUCAUUGACUUUGCGAGCUGGUUCAGUGUCCCUGCUGAUAAUGAUCUCUGGCCGGAUCUCACGUGCUACGAACAGGACCUAUCCAUGGUAGAUGUUGUUCGACCAUCGGUCACGGAAGGGUCGUCGUUGCUGAAGCCCUGGGAUGUACAACUGCGCAAUUCCUUUCUACCACAAUCUAACAUUGCUGAACUUUACAGACGAAAUCAGGUCCCAGAAAUUGACAAAGAUGCCGUCGAACCGAGACAUUACGACCCAGGCAGCGCGGAAUUUGACGCCCAGCUGGUCUUCCCGGAUAUGACUGACAUUCCUCAUGAGGAUAUCGAGGCAGAGAACCUCGCUCAUGUUGAAGAGGUCCCAGCUGAGCUGACAAAUACUGUAUUUGAACUUGCCAAUGAUAUGCAAUAUAAGUCAAAUUACCCCCAAUUCAUCGAAUUACGGAUCCCGCCAGUACCUGUGCUGAAUGCUUGGGUUCAGCUGUACUUUGAACAUUUCCAUCCAAUGUUUCCUGUUCUGCAUAAGCCCACCUUCUCUACUUCUAGAGCAAAUCCCUUUCUAGUCCUCGCAGUUGCCGCUAUCGGUGCUCACUUUUCCGACAUAAAAGGUGCGCAGCGGUGCCUUCGAGCGAUGCAUGAGCUGACACGGCGCUAUACAUCCUAUACGCUUAUUGAUGCAGCGUAUGACUAUAGCUUUGACCUAUGCACUACUAUGAGGGCAGACGAACUGCAAAACUGCUUCCCUCAGCCAGAAGAUCGCUGGGAUGCUUCCAAUGCUCAGGUCUGGGCGACCUUUGGAGAAGAGAAUGGCUCCGUUAAAAACAUAACUCUAGGCCAGGUGAUCAAAGACAAGAUGUGGCGAUAUGCUUGGUCGAAAUCUGGAACCCUGGGAAAGCAAACGAUCUUGCAAUAUUUGGCAAAUGUUGUCAAUGACAAAGAUUUCAUGUCGCCUGCGUCGCCUAGUUUCUCACUUGAGCACAGGCAUGCUGCUUUAGAAGCCCUAGAGACCCUGCUCGAGGAAACAGGAGAUCAAGGCUACGGGCAUUCAUUGUCUGAAGUGAAGGCGUCGGCUGCCCAUCGUGUCAUGAUCCUUUCGGCACUGACACUUUAUCAUACACCAACAUCGCAUAUCGUACCUCUAGCUAUCAAAGUGAUUUACGGGAAGAUGAACGAUGACUCCUGGAUGCUGACUAUCGACCGAUGGUGCAACUCGUCCUGCCAAGGGCGGAUGGGUGCCCUAUAUGCAGCUCAUGUCUUUGAGACAGUCAGGUCGGCCCGUUGUAUCCAUUUCAUGACCCCAGUGCUUCUCCUGAGAGCAGUUCUUGUGUUGUGGCUGUACUCAACAAUUCAUGACCAGCUAAGACAGGGUCGUGAAUACCAACUAGAGAUGCCUUCAGUUGUACUAGAUCUCAAAAGUCUCGAUACACCAGCUACUAAGCAAUGGAUCGCGAACGGGUCCGGAUGUAUCAAACUUCCGGGGAUUAGCAACCUUCUGAGUCGGCAGGGCCGACGCAAAACACUUGCAGACGCCAUCGUGGUCAUGCGUUCUCUGAAAGCGUGGGGCAUCAGCAGUAUGUAUGCACAGUUACUGGAACGGCUACGACUAGUCGAAGACAUAAACCCGGCAGAGCUUGAAACAAUCUGAUUACGAAAGACUAUUUGAUCCUAUUCGAAGUACUACGAUGCUACAAUGACCUGUACGUGUUUCUACCUCGGAAGUAUGCUUCGUUGAACACGUUGAGUGUUUGCACCACUCUUGGAAGCUCCAACGCAGCCUCCGCCUUCACAUUGCAGACUUUCUAAUCACGCUCCUCACCUCCAGAAUGGUGACUCGAAUGCAUCGUGUUGAGAUA